AUGGCAGGCCGCGCCGGCGGCGGCCGCCGGCCACGCGCCGUCUUCAUGGCCUUCGGCACUCAAGGCGACGUCUUCCCCAUCGCAGCGCUUGCUGCAGCUUUUGGGCGUGACCAGCAGGAGUAUGCUGUGGUGUUCAUCACUCAUUCCGCGCACCGGAGUUUGUCAGCACAUCUAGCGGCCAGCAAUGUCAGAUACAUGCCUGUGUCAAGUCCGCCUGUCCUCGCUGCCGAACAGGUAGAGAAUAUCUCAAGCGAUUCUAUUCAAUCAAAUCAUGAGCGUGAGUCCUUUUCAAUGCGGAAAAAAGCCAUUCAGAUGGAGCACAGGAAAGAAUGCUUGUCUUCUAUUGAAGAAGUUUUUGGAAACGAUCCAAGCAUCAGUGGGGAUUUUAUUGUGAUCAAUUUCUUUGCUUUGGAAGGUUGGCACCUCGCAGAACUAUUCCAAGUAAAGUGUGUCAUUGCUGCUCCCUAUUUUGUUCCGUAUAGUGCUCCUACAUCAUUUGAACGUCAAUUUAAACAAAAUUUUCCUCUACUGUACAAGUACUUCCAAGAAGCUCCUGCAAACACGGUCUGCUGGACUGACAUUAUCGACUGGAUGUGGGCACUCUUCACGGAAAGUUGGGGAUCAUGGAGAAAUGAUUGUCUGAAUCUUAGCCCUAUUCCUUUCACAGAUCCAGUAACCAAUCUUCCUUUGUGGCAUGUGCGAGAGGAGUCACCUUUAUUACUGUAUGGUUUCAGCAAAGAAAUUGUGGAGUGCCCAGGAUAUUGGCCAUUCAAUGCUCAUGCUUGUGGCUUUUGGUUUCUUCCUAUGGCUUGGCAAUUUUCUUGUGACAAAUGCAUGGAGUUGUCUGGAAAUACCAAUUCUUCAUCUGGCGGUAUGUUGUGUGCAAACCAUUUUUCCCUGGAACACUUCCUGACAAGGAAUGCUUAUUCAUCAAGACCUAUAUUUGUAGGAUUAAGUUCCAUUGGUAGAAUGGGCUUUCUUAGAAAUCCUAAAGCAUUUUUAGUGGUGCUUAAGGCUGCCAUAGAGUCAUCAGACUAUAGAUUCAUCCUUUUUUCAUCUGGAUACAAGCCAUUGGAUUCUGCAAUCCAAUCCAUUGCUUCAUCAGAAAAUGAAUCAAGAGGCGUGGAGUCACCUUCUCUUGGUGGUGACAGCACUCUCCUUUUUAAUGGCCAUCUUUUCUGCUUUUUAGGAUCAAUACCGUACAGUUGGCUUUUUCCUAGAUGUGCAGCUGCUAUUCACCAUGCUGGCAGUGGAUCUACAGCUGCAGCACUACUUGCUGGAAUCCCUCAGGUAACAUGUCCUUUCCUGCUGGACCAAUUUUACUGGGCAGAGAGGCUACAUUGGUUAGGAGUGGCGCCUGAACCCCUACAAAGACAAAAUCUAGUCCCAGAUAAUGAUGACGCCUUGAGCAUCCACAAUGCUGCCGAUGUGCUAGUUGGAGCUAUCAGAUCAGCUUUAUCACCAGAAAUCAAAACUCAGGUGGCCAGAAUUGCUGAUAGGCUUUCUUUUGAGGAUGGGAUUGGAGAAGCCCUCAGGAUCUUGAAGGAUGCCAUGAUAUCUGUGUGGCAGUAG